AAAAGAUGUAUGGAGCAACAUUGUCGUUGAAUAAGUAAAAUUCAUGCGUUCAACCGAAUAACAGCUAAACAGCCUAACAUUACACAGCGACUUUCUUCUUCAUGUUCUUCAUAAUAUAAACAAGGCAGCUUUUCUGCAAAAUUUGGGGCUCCUUUCUCUCUUCCAUCAACGGCAAGUAUUCACAUUUCUCUCUUCCAUCAACGGCAAGUAUUCACUACCUCCCGCAAUAUUAUCAGCAUUUUAUCGUUUAUUUCUCUCGAAAAUAUGAUAUAAUUCCUACAGAUAUUAAACGAGAUUAAUUAAACAGGUCAUUAACAAGAAAUUGUGAUCUCUUUUGCCAAUUCAAUGCAAUUUUCAUGAAAUAAUAAAACAAAGAGAAUUUGGAUGAAAUCUUUUCCUAGAGAUGCAGCUAUAUUAUCACCAAUCUCUCCCCUCCUUUCCUGUCUAGCAUCCUUACCUAUUCCUUAAAACGCCCAUGCAACAAAAAAAAACGAUCUUUUACACUGUACAUUUUUAGAUGUCCUAAACACAUAUAUAAUCUAAGCUGCAUUUCUAGAAGUCUAUCCUUAGGUGAUGGGGAUUGUGAGCCAGAGGGUUCAUAAUAUUUGCCUUAGCUUACUGUAUUCGAAAUGGCCUAUAUAUCCAUUUUAAAAAACGAAUAAUUAUCUUUGAGCCUCAUGUUUUCAUAUAUAUGACUAGAUCUCAAGAUCAUAGUCUUUCUUUUUUGCCAAUGUAAGCCUUUGCUAAUCAAUUUUUUGUCAAGGGUAUGUUUGGAUUUCUGGAAAUUCCAUGGAAUGGAAAUUAAAAGUUUGUUUUCUGAUUAUUGGUUGUCUUGGGCAGUGUCAAGAAAAAAUAAAUAGGUGUGAUUAGUUGUAAUUUUUUAUUUACAUACUUUUUGGGUUUCUGAUAUUUCAUAUCAUGGACAUAAAUAAGUAAAGUUCGUAUCACUUAUCAGAUUAUUCUUGGCAUGUAAGCAAAAAAAAAAGAGAAGAGUAGGGGUGGAAAUGGCAGCAUCAGCAGAAGGAUCAUCAUCUGAGAACAAUGACUGGCUAGCAGUGAGGAACUGGCCAAACGUAGAGAAAGAGCGUGAAAGGGAAAAAAGGCGAAUGCGUGAUCGGGAGAGAAGACAAUCUAUGAGCGAAGAGCAGCGCGAGAGGCAUCUAGCCAGGCGCCGUAGAAACUACCAGCUGAGAAGACAGAGAGCCUCCUUGAUGUCGAGUUGCCCUCCUCCUCUUCCUCCUCUUCCUUCUCAAACUCGUGGAAUUAUUAUUCCUAGAACUAGAAGUAUCUUCCACCAAUGUGAUGAAACCAUUCAGCUUGAGUGUAUAGAGAAGGACCAUGAAAGGCUACUUGAGGCAUCAUUAUCAACCAUGUCUAGUUCUCACCCUGGUAUCUCUUUGCUUCUCAAGAUUUUUUAAACCGUUAAUCGGAUUAGUUAAUUAGAUAUCUGCUAGCCCCUAGGUGUUGUCCAGGUGGUGCUGGUCAGGAUGCAACAACACACGUAAAAUACCCGUACCCGGAAGGACUGCAUUUUUACCAAAUUAAGCAUUUUGCGAGAUUACUAAAUAGCCCAUCGGGUGAGGCUCAUGACCAUAUUCAACAUGUUGAAGCACAAGUGUCUGCCAAAGGCUGUGAUAGUACUACCAUUUCCAAGUGUAAACUACGGAGACGUGUACGGUUAAUAGAUUUGAAACGUCUAGCACGAGCCCUCAACUCUGCUCCCAAAGGGGAAAAGGUUGAGCUCAUGGGUCAUAUGCAGAUUAUAUGCAGCAAAUCGGUGGAUGAGCCCAUCAGUGAAGUCCAACAAAUCAAUGCAUAUUCAGGUGUCUUCGCCCCAUGAUAGAGCAAUGAAGUACAUAGCAUUGGGAAGGAAGAUGAGCAUUUACUCUUUUAAGUUCUUGACACACACCUUUCUAAAUUUUAUUAACCAUUUGUCUCUCUUUCUGUUUGAAAUUUUGGUCUCGGCUUGUAUAGUUAAUCAUAUUCUGCCUGGGAAGUAUAUACCUUCAAAAUAUCGUCGAUCGGU